ACGUGGGGGGAAGGGGCGGGGAGGUGAGGCUGUGUGUUUGGGUGUAUGUUUUUCUCGCGGGGCUGUCCUUCAGGGUUUGACCCACCUGUCCGAGGACCAGGCGGCUCUGGGAGCGGACAGAGGUCUUGCUGGCGGGGUAGGGGUCAGGCGGGCCCCCGCCUCACGGUCCCCACAGUCAUCGGCUGCCGGCCCGAAGGCCGUUCUGGAAAACCCUGAGAUGAGGUGAGAUCGCUCCAGGGGCCCUGUGGCUCCCCCGUGAUGCCAGAGCCCCUAGCCCGGGACUCGUGAGAGUGUGGUGACCAUGGAGGCCUUGGACCUCAUGCUGGAGGAGAGAGAUUGGGAAACUGAAGCUGAAACAAAAGAAUCUAUUUCAAAGGUUGACAUUGUUAUGGAUGCAUCAGCACAGGAACAGUACUCAAAAGAUGAUCUCCAGUGUGCCAAGUUGGGAGAAGACUGGAGUUAUGAUGAAGAGAAACCCUCUAUGCACAAUGAAUGUGGGGAAUCAUUCAAGUGUAAUUCAAACCUUUUUCAGGAUCACAUAGUAUAUAAUGUAAAUCAAACACAUGAUUACAAUGAAUUUGGAAAAGACUUUAUGCAGGAUAAACAUGUUCCCGAGCAUCAGAAAAUCCACUCUAAAGAGAAACUUCAUGUAUGCAAAGACUGUGGCAAAACUUUUAGCUUCAGCUCAUCACUUAUGUACCAUCAGAAAAUUCAUACUGGAGAGAAACCUCAUAAAUGUAAUGAAUGUGGAAAAGCUUUCAUUCUUAGAACACAGCUUAAUUCCCAUCAGAGAAUUCAUACAGGGGGGAAACCUUAUGAAUGUAACGAAUGUGGAAAAACCUUUCGAUACAAUUCAUCCUUUACUUAUCACCAGAAAAUUCAUACUGGAGAAAAACCUUAUGAAUGUUAUGAAUGUGGGAAGGUCUUCAGAGGGAACACACAGCUUAAUUCCCAUCAAAGAAUUCACACUGGAGAGAAACCUUAUGAAUGUGAUGAAUGUGGGAAAACCUUCAAUCAGAGCACACAGCUUACUUUCCACAAGAGAAUUCAUACUGGAGAAAAACCUUAUGAAUGUAAUGACUGUGGGAAGGCCUUCAUGCAAAGUGCACAUCUUAUUUCCCACCAGAAAAUUCAUACUGGAGAGAAACCUUAUGAAUGUAAUGAAUGUGGGAAAGCUUUUAGCUCUAGUACAUCCCUUACUUACCACCGGAGAAUUCAUACUGGAGAGAAACCUUAUAAGUGUAAUGAAUGUGGGAAGGCUUUCAUCCAGAGUGCACAUCUUACCUCCCACCAGAAGAUUCAUACUGGAGAGAAACCCUAUGAAUGUAGGGAUUGUGGGAAAGUUUUUAGCUCCAAUUCAUCUCUUAUUUACCACCAGAGAAUUCAUACUGGAGAGAAACCAUAUGUAUGUAAUGAUUGUGGGCAGGCCUUCAGAGUGAAUACACAGCUUACUUCCCAUCAGAGAAUUCAUACUGGAGAAAAGCCUUAUGAGUGUAAUGAAUGUGGGAAGGCCUUUGUCCAUAGCACACAUCUUACCUUCCACCAGAGAAUUCAUACCGGAGAGAAACCAUAUGAAUGUAAUGAAUGUGGGAAAGCUUUUAGCUCUGGCUCAUCACUUACUAACCACCAGAGAGUUCAUACUGGAGAAAAGCCUUAUGAAUGUAAUGAAUGUGGGAAAUCUUUCAGGCACAAUUCAUCCUUUCUUUACCACCAGAGAAUUCAUACGGGAGAGAAACCUUAUAUAUGUAGUAAAUGUGGAAAGGGCUUCAUUCUCCGAACACAACUUACUUCCCACCAGAAAAAGCAUACUGAAGAGAAACUUUAUGAACAUGAUGAAUAUGGGAAAACUUUUUGAUCAGUGAAUUGCUUAUUUAUCUCCCCCCAAAUUUGUAGAAGAAUGAAAUAUUAAUGUGAUAAUGUUGGAAAGCCUUCAGCUGGAGCAUACAUCUUUGACACCAAAAUGUUUAUCCUGGAAAAACUUACAAAAGUAAUGAAUAUGGGAAAAUAUUAAUUUUUAAGCUCAGAGAAACCUUAUGAUUAAAAUGAAUACAUGGAAAGCUCUUCCAGCAAGGUGCAUAUAACCUGAGAAUGCCAGAAAAAUGCCAGAGAAAAGUCCUGUAAACGUAAUCAAUGUGGGAAAGGCUUUAAACAUCAAUCAUUGUUUAAUUACCAUAAGGGAAUUGUUGAGAGUGAAUGAAUUUUUUGGAGAUUAUAACUGACUCCAUUUUGUUCUGUAUUGGCCAUUUUUUUGUGUAGCAACCCUGCAUGAAAUGAAUGACCAGCUGCAAUAGUUGGUUCUCUACAAUGUUUUCUUUCAUCCUCAAAUUAGUACAAAGGCUUGAUUGCUGAAAAAGAAAGACUCAGCUAUCUCUGGAAAGUCUCCCUUGUUUAGCCUGACAGGUAGUUCCCUUUGACCUAUUGAAACUAGUGAUACUAACAAGGGCACAUCACUUCCUUCUCUAUCUCCUAUAGCUAAUCUUACACAUUUUCCUUAACAAGUAUGUGUUUUUCUUUGUAACCUCAGUUGCACUGUAAUGAAUAGCCAUCGGUUUUUUUUCUUUGUUUCCUGUAAUAUAUAAUGUUAGCUAAAUUGUGAAUGACACAUUUGCAUCACUUGCAAAGUGUAUGAUAAAACCUGUUUCUCUGAUUUGUGCUGGCUUACUGGCAAUAGCCAGUCAAACAAAGAAGAAAAUUCAUGCCACAAUUUUGUCAGUCCUGGUUGGGUCAGCCAGUUCAACCUUUACCAUAUACCAUCAGUUCACCAAUUCAGGAACUUCUAGAGAUGGGGAACUGAAAAAGCUGAUAAAGGUGCAAUCUAAUACUUUUUGUGCUCCAAAUCAAGAGGUCCGCAGAGACAGGUUAGUUUUAUUUCGUGUAUUUUUGUAUUGUGUGACCUGGCUUUGUGUACUUUGGGGUUACUUAGUGUUUUGAUCAACCUUCCUGUCUAAAUUCUUGGUUAAAUUUUGAGUCUAGUCUACCAAGGAACCCUUGGAAAAGCUAUACCUGGGGCAGAACUAGAGGAAACUGGCGAAGAUCAAACAGAUCAUCUGACCAUCAAUUCAUGGUCACAGGGAUAAUCCCAGACAUGAAUAUUAUGAAACUGAUAUGUAAGCCUCAUAUAAAAAUGAUGCCCAAGACUCAAUUUUACUUUGAGUAAUCAGUCAUCAUUAUCGGAUCUAGUUGAAGUUUCUGUUCUGGAAUAGUGUCUUGAGAUCCAUUUUGAUGAAUUGGGAAAAAAAAUUCUAGGAAGGGCUGUUCUCUAAGUCUAAACUCAUACUCUGUCAAAUUAAAUGACCAGCCUAGACUUACUCUACUGAAAGGCUCUCACCAUUAUUUGGUACCUUUAAUUAUGAAGCCUUACAGAUGCUAGAAGAAAAAAUAGAGGUCCAUUUUCCAAAACCAACGAGUUAAUGGUUUAUUUGUGUAGAUCUCAAAAUGCAUAAAUUUUGUCAUCCAAAUUGUGAAAAAUUAAUGAAUUUUUUUCUUGGGGAAAAGAGAAAGCCACCUCCUCAUGUGGUUUUAUCAGAGGAUGAAUACUAACAUUUGUCAAUUUUCCUUCUAGUCCACCACUUGUCUCAAAUACCCCACUCUCUGGAGAUACCAGUUAACCAGUUAGUACCCUAUUUUUUCCUCUUUUUUAAACAUUUAGCUUCUAUUUUAAAGUCAAUACUGUGUAUUGGUUCCAAUGCAGAAGAGCCAAAAGGGGUAAGUCAGUAGGAGGUUAAGUAACUAACCCAAGGUCACAUAGCUAGGAAGUGUCUGGGGUCAGAUUUGAACCCAGGACCUCCCAUCUCUAGGCCUGACUCUCAAUCCACUGUACCACUUAGCUGCCUCCAUUUUAAUUUUUUUAAGGGACAAUACCAUUGUCCUUUACAACCUUGCCCUUGAGGGACAAGAAAAACCUGUCACCGAAAUCCCCUUCCUGGUCACUUUUGUCUUUAAUGAGUGGUUUGAAGACGGAGAAAGGUAAAAAUGAUAGAGACUCAGACACAGGAAGACCACCAGGUACAACUUUUGGCUACCUUGAACUGGAGUUCUGGCCAAGAAUGAUGUUUUGAAGAAUGUAAAAGGAGCAAAGAAUUUAAAAUGACUUCUCACUCUUCUCACUUGUCACUAUUAUAACCUGCCAUCACCCCUGGCACUAACAGAGGAUAUUCAUCCCAGAUUUCCAGCCCAUUCCAAUGUUAAAUUGUGUUAUUCCCAGUAAACGGUCCAUAGGCAAGAGGAAAUGAAAACAUUUAUGUCACAAAUUUCAAAUCUUUCAGAAGAUAGUCUUAUUUCUGUGUUCCUAAUUCUGGUGGGCUUAGGAAUAACCACAAAAGGAGAAAAGAAAUCCUUUCCCCAUUCACAUACAUGUAUUAUAAAUUAAUUAGAGACUAAAUUUGUGGUUGAAAUGUGAUUUCUUUAUUGUGAAUUUCCAAAAUGUGGUUUUAAAAAUGUGGUUUGUAAAAGCUGGAAUAACCUUGUGAAUUUGGGGACUAAUGCUCUUAAAUUUUAAAAAAUGAAAACGUUGUCAAAAUUACAUACAGACAACACUAACCUCAUUACCAUCCUCUCUUUACCUUGAAGAGUGACAAAGUGUAAGAGUGGAAGGUGAUUUUCCCCAACUAGGGAAACUAAGAAAGCCUUAAACAUUUAAAAGGAAAGAAAUGUUUUUGAAGUCUACAGUUUCUAAAUAUCUGGUGCUAAAGAACCACAGUGCAGUUCUUCACAAUCCUAUACAGUUUAGAGAAGCAGGCUUGUUUCAAUCAGCAAAAUUUCAUUUUAAAGGAAUAUUUUAAUUUUUAAUAGAAUUUCAUUGUCCAAUUAUAUAAGAAGCAAAAAGAAAUCAAAAUAACCUGCAUUUGCAAGUCCUUAAAGGGGCAAAUUGGAAAUGUUUUACCCAACAAAACAAGGAAUUGUCUGUAAAUGUUGACUUUCAUUUUGAUCAGGAAAAAAGUAAAAGUUUUGCAGUUAAUUGGAAUUGUAUAAUAAACUUUGGAAAGGAGAGAUAUGGGUGAUAUAAAGAAAACUAGUUUUGGGAAGGGAAUAGGAUAUGAUUGGGAAAUAAAAGUGAAAGAGAUUGAGAAAGUAGAGAAGGGAAGUGAAAGGUUGAAUCACUAAAGUGGAAAUUAAGGUUAAUUUGGUUUGUUUGGUUUUUUUAAAUCCAUACCUUCUUCUGUCAGAAUUGAUACUGAGAAUGGGUUCCAAGGCAGAAGAACAGUAAGGGCUAGAUAAUUGGGGUAAGUGACUUUCCUAGGGUCACACAGCUAGGAAGUCUCUGAGGUCAAAUUUGAACCCAGGAUCUCCUCUCUUUAGUCCUGGCCCUCUGUCCACUGAGCCCCACCUAGUUAUCUUUCAAGUUUAAGUUUUGAAGAGAAGAAAGAGAAAUUUAAAGAAUGUUUGGAGAACAUUUGUACUUAUACAGUGUGGAUACAAGCUUAAUUAGAAGGCAUUGAGAAUUAAGUGUUAGGAUUUCUCAAGGAGCAGGAAUACAAAAUAGCGAUUUUCUUUACCCAAGUUGACAUAGUCCUCAUCUUAGGUCAAAAGAAAAGCCAAGAAUUGGUGGUAAAGUAUUACAGAGAAGUUAGCUUAAAUCCUAGUUAGUCUAGAUAAGAGGAGACUAGGAAAGUCUCUUUGCCUCUACAAUGAUUAUUACAUUUGGAGAAGUGUUGUUUCCUCCUGAGAUAGUUGAAGUUAGUUUUGAGAUUUCUCACGAUUGCCAAGUUUUAUUUAACUGCUUUUGAUAUUCUCGAUCAUGUGGAAGAGUAGCCGAAAUCAUGAAGCAAAAUUGACUGAGCAGUUAGAUUUUUUAAUUCAAUAUUGGCUUCUGGUAAAUCAAGGAAAAUUACUAUUUACAGCAUGAUCUAGGUAAUUGCUGAUGCCAUAUUUGUAAGUAUAAAGGCAAUUCAAUUUUUUCCUAAAACCCUUUCUGUUAAUCAGUUCUAAGAAGAGUGGCAAGCACUAGGCAAUUGGGUUUACUCACGCUCAGGAUUACCAAAUUAGAACAUGAUUGAGUCAAGAUUUGAACCCAGGUCCAACUCCAGGCCUUAUCCAUGACAAUUGGAUUUUAAUUACUGGUCUCUGAAUGCAACUAAUAUAGGAUGCCAAAAUUGGUGGAUGAAAUGGUUUUCUUUGUAAGAUAAUUCAGAAUGCUUUCUGCUGAGUUGAUGGGUUGGUUUGCUUCUUUUUGACUGGGCAAUGUGUUUUGUCUUUUAAGUCCAUGAUAUUGGAACAUGUUAUUAUGUUCCUAACUUUUCACAUUGUGGUUUUGGGAAACCAUAUAAGAAAUGCUCUUGAUUUGAAAAAGGAUACCUAGAAUGUACUUACUACAUUUGUAUUAUUAGGAGAUUAACUCCUUUUUUCAUCUGAAUGCUGUGAAAUGAUGAACUUGAGCUAUCACGUAUUAGAGACUAUUAUCACUUUGGUGAAAAAACCAUCUUAAGUAUUUGCUUGGGUAUAUUUUCCUUAAAAAUGACCAGUGACGAUAAUUAUUUAGAAUUUGGCAAAAGCCUAAAGACCUUGUAUGUUCCUAUUAUCUGAAAUUGUUUAAGGACUUGCCAGAUCCUUCGGAUCUUCAGCUUGGCCAAGUUCAUAAAAUCUUCUCAGUUCUGUGGAAGAAAGACCUGAAAGAAUAUAUGUAGCAAUGAAAGACUCUGUAAAUGCUAAGAUAGCAAAAAAGGUAUUAUUAAUAUUAACAUUUAUGACAACUGAACUAGGUAAAACUUUACCUGGAAAAAUAUGUGCUUCAGUUCUUAUAUAUUUGAGCCAAUAUAGUAUCGGGUCCAGAGAGAAUGUUUUUCUUUUUGCUUUAAACAUUAAUAUGGUACGUUAGGAUACCUAUGCUGAUAGUAGCCAGUCUUCCUCCGUUCUGAGUGAACUCUAGCAUUUAUUCACAUUUUGUGUAGACCCUACAAUGUGAUUAUUUUCUUAAUCUUCACUAACUGCUGUGAUGUCAGGAUGUCUCAGUAUACAAUCACACAUGAAUUAAAGGUGCCGUUUUUUAACAUCUUGUAUGUACUACCAAGGAUACAUUUUUUAAUGAUUUAUUUUGGCUGGAUGUUAUCGUAACCACACACAAAAAUAGCUCUAUCAUCCUCGUAAGAUAUGAAUAGUGGAAUUUUGCUAUGUUAAGAAGUUUAACCUCUUGGGACUAAAAUUUAAUUUGCUCUGGCCUUGGAAUCGAGGCAUAACUGUUUGACUGACUGUUCAGCUAGUGAUCCACUAUCAAGAGAAAUCCAUGAGCUCCUCAAAGAGAAGCAUUCUGAGAAACGGUGGUUAUAAAUACCUGGGAAGACUGAGAAAAGACAGCCUACGAAGAUAAUGGCAGGAUCCUCUUGCCUCAGUUGUGCUUUUUCCUUUCUGAAUAGCAAAAUUUCCCACAUGGUUGAUCUUCAGCCUGGGCAUGAUGCCCUGUGAAAAAAUGUGGAACUAUUGCAUGAUUGUCUGUUCUAACACAUUACUAUGACUUUUCCCUGAAGUCAGAGCUAAGAAAACUAUCCUGUUAUAUUUAUGAACUGUUAGUCUGUGCCUUUAGGCUUACACCUGAGGGAACAUUCUUAAUAUUGUUUACAAUCAUGAUCUUCCCUUUUUUCCUACAACCAUGAGUAAGCCAAUCAGAACAAUGUUCUCACGAAUUUUAGUGUCACGAUCCUCAAGCAUCUCUGAGCUGCUCUACUGGGAUGCAGGGAGGAAGGACCUUAUUGCUUUUAUUUUUACUACUUGGAAUUAAUUGGUGGCCACUCCUCAUUUGAACUGUCUAAUAUAAGUGACCAGGACAAAUCUUGUUCAUUGUUUUAAUAUUUAAAUAUUCAUGUAUAAGAUUAUGUCCUAAAGUAUCACAUUCUUUCUGAAUGAUAUGAGGAGAAUAUAUACACUCAUGAACAAAUUGUGUGAUAUGGGAUAAAGAGAGAAAAGCUUUGAUUUUUUAAUAAAAUGGUAAACUUCAUUUUGUAAAAAAAAAAAAUAUGAUAAUUGUAAUUGUAUUCGUAGCCUUAGGACAUUAGCUGUUGUACCAGUUGUCUGAGGAACAAUGAUGGUCCUAAGUGUUAUAUUUCAGAUUUUAUCCUGGAGAUAAUAAGGAAUUACUGAGCUUUUUCCGGUCCAUUUAAAUUUAACAUAUGCUUAGCUAUACAAAUAUCUAAAUACACUGGCUUUGGAUAUGUUUUAGGAACCGUUUUUGGAUAUGUUUUAGUAAUUAUAAGAACUCAAGUUGAAUUGAGGCUUUCAUAUGUCGAAUUGUUAUUAAUUGGUUGCCAAGAAACUUAAAUUAUGAUUUUAAAAAAUGAAUGGAUAAAGAGGAAAUAAAUGCUAUCCGUUUCUUUCACACAAGACAAUUUAAACUAUUGUACCUGGAGAUACAGACAUUAUGUAUUCACAUGUAUUGGGAGAAGAAAAGAGAAAUACUUGGGGUCUUUGGCAGACUACAUAAUAGGUCAGGAAGGGUUCGGUGAGAUUUUGAAAGCAUUAACUUGACACUCUGGAAAAACAAAUGAUGGCUAGGUAAAAUUCUCUGCCAUUCUCUAGAAGCAUUCUAUUUUUAUGGUUUUAUACGUCAGAACUAAAACUCUUAGUAACUUAAGCAUCCGGGGAAAUACGGGGACAGUUAAGUACAGAAUUCAUAUUUUUUGUUCCUCAGUGGAAAUUGCUGCUUGCCCUUAGCAAAUGGCCAAAGAUCAUUUCACUUUCCCAUAGUAUGUGUGACUACUUUUUACAAAGUAGUUGGAUAAAAGACUUGUUAAACACAAUGAGCCUUUACAGCCACACAAUCCUAAAGCACUGCUUUAGGAAAAGGUUUGCCUCCAUUUGUUGAAGCCCAUACAUUAAAUGGGCAAGUUCUCCAAAGCAUUUCAUUAUGUGCGAGAUGAUUAAAUGGAUGUUAAACCAAAACUAAACAUUCAUAUCCUAUUUGGGGAAUGCUUCUUAAAUGGGAGCUCAAUUUUUUUCCCCGUUUCUCUGGCAGUAUCAAGAGACAGAAGGACUUGUUGUACAAAGUCAGGACCUCCAUGAUCCUUUCUGCAGUUGUGGAAACUUGAAACAAAAAAUAGUGUGUGACUAUUUUAAAACUCCAAACUUCCAGAUGAAUUAUAGGUGACCUAAUCUGAUGUUCUUCCUUAUAGCCCUGACGUGCAUACGGUUAACUCUGUAAGACGUGUACUGACUUUAUCCAUGUGACCCAGUUAUUGGAAAGCCAAUGUAAUUGGGUUUGUCAAGCCUUACUAAACUGUAUUAAGUCUUAUCACCAACAGAUUAAAGACAGAAUUAUCUUCAUAAGUGACUUGAAACCUGGGAAGUGGUCAAGGAAAUACCUCUGCAAAAACACUCUGUAAACAAGGUGAAAAGUCCUAUUUCAUGCACUUUUGAUAACUAACCCCUCAGUUAAAGACACCACGAGGUUGAUUCAGGCAUACGUGUCUCAGUUUAAGUAGAUCAAGCUGGACCAUUUGUGGAUCGUGAUCAAGGACAGUGGACGGUGGUCAAGAACUUUGACAACGGAACGUCCUAGGGAAAGUGUUUCCCAGAAGCAGACAACUUCAUGAAGUUAAACCCAAGAUGAUGGAAAAGGAAAUCUGUUUUCUAAGUGGAUAUUAUGGUCCAUUCUCUGUUUUGGUUUUCCCCUCUGACAGCAGAAAUAUAUUUAUUGUCUAUUAUGCCUUGAGGGCCCUGUUUUUUUAGAAAUUAUUAUGACCUUCCAAAGAGGUUUUGUUCAGUUUUUUUUAUCUGCAUUUUCUUGUUCCUUAGAUUUUCUUAGUACCGUUGAUUGAUUUAUUGAUUGGCAUGAUAAUUAGUUUUUAAGGAAAUGUUCAGAUUUUUCUAUGAUUUGUUAGCCUGCAUAUUUUUAUUGCAUAACCGCUAUAAUCCUCUUUGGACCAAGUUGCCUAUUUUGCUAUACAAGAUGACUUAAUCUCAUUCUUACAUCAGAUGGCCCAGAGAUUAAAAAUGGUUUUAUCUAGCGACAAAGGAGAAAUUGUUAAAAGUGAAUGUUUGGGAGAACAUAACUGGCUAUUUUAUUUUGUAUUUGCAAUUUUGCUGUGUAUGACGCCUACGAGAACUGAAGGACCAGCUGCUGGUCUCUUAUCAUUGAUACAAAAGACUUAAUUGCUUUAAAAAUUAAGAAAAGAGGACACAAUAGUCUCUGGAAUGUCCCCAUCGCUUAUCUAGCCUGAUAUAUAUAGUUCCCUUUGACUUAAUGAAACUAGCUAUACUAACAGGGACACAUCCCUUCUCUAUCUCCUAUAUCUAGUGAUAAUACAUUUUCCUUAACAUUUCCUUUCCUUUUUCUUUGUGUAACCAGCUGCACUAUAAUGAGCAGCCAUCCUUCCCCCCUCCCUCUUUGUUUCAUGUAUAAAUACUACUAGCUGAAUUGUGAAUGAUGCAUUCCCAGCACAUGUUCCUGGGCUGUGUCACUUUGUAUAAUAAAACCUGUUUCUCUGAUUCGUGCUGGCUUAUCGGCAAAAGCUAGUCAAACUAAUUCGUGCAAAAGAAAAUCGUGCAACAGAAUGCAUUCUAUAAUUAAGUCUUACAAACAUAAUUCGUGUGGGAAGAUUAUUCAAGGUCACACAUAUUAAUCUCUCAAAAUUUUGGCCUGAGAAAAACAUUUUAUGAAUAUGAAAGUCUUCAGUCACCAGAAAUCAUAUUGAAAAGCUUAUCAAAGCAGCAAAUAUGGGUGUGUGGAGAUUCAGGGGCCUUACUAUAGGCAUGAAAAUAAGACUCUAUUUCCCCUGGCUGUUUACCAGCGAAUUCUUUCUAAAUGGGUUAUUUUGUGUUAUCUGGCCACAGGAGAGAGAUGGAGGACAGCCUGUGUUCAAAACCAUAUUUGUUGGGUAAGGUUUGUUGGGUAAAUGUGGAGUAGAGUUAGCUGGCUCUUGGUUCUAUGGCAAGGUACAGGAAUAAGAUUGGACAUGAGCCACCAGGGGAUGUAUUCCACUAAGCCUGCAGGAGGUUUUGCUUUGAGACCCACUGCUGUAUGUAGUUAGACUUGGGUCAGGGACAAGUAAUGUAAACCAAUAAAAAGUCCUUAGCCAGAACCCCACAUUAGCUUCCCAGAUUUGACAAGACACCCCAAUUCACGCAAGCUGCUGGGAAGUGCACAAAGCCACUUUGGAUGUGUCCAUAUCAGGGAUAUCUUUGCUUGAAUAAACCUUAGUGUUAAAAAAUCAAA